AUGCCUGUCCUGAUGAGUCCGGAGAUCGCCUCCAAGUUUAAGGAAAAAUGGCUGAAAUUACAGCCAGAGAACCAGGACACCGCAGCCGGGUCAGUGCACCUGGACGACAGCCUGACCAGCCUCCACUGGCUUCAGAACUUCUCCAUCCUCAGCACUAACUCAGAAAGAUCCACCGGCACCGGCUCCGGUUGCCCCUCACAGCACCUGGUCUCCUACCACCAGCGCCUGUACCCCCCGGGCACCGACUCCCCGUCUAGCCCUCCAGCCGGAGACACGGCCGCUACCGGGAUGCCUCUCUGCCUCGGGAGCCCCGUUACCUCUGGCAGUAACUCCACCGAUGCGCGUUUGGUGAAUUAUCCACACCACCAAACCACAACCUACCCUCACCUCAACCACCACAUCACGCAGAUCAUCCCACCAGAGGAGAUUGACUUUAAAACGAACCCCAAAGUCAAACCGCCUUAUUCCUAUGCCUCUCUCAUCUGUAUGGCCAUGCAGGCCAGCAAGAAGCCCAAGGUGACUCUUUCCACCAUCUAUAACUGGAUCACAGACAACUUCUGCUACUACAGACAUGCUGAGCCCAGCUGGCAGAACUCUAUCCGCCAUAACCUCUCGCUCAACAAGUGCUUCAUGAAAGUUCCGCGGCAGAAGGAUGAACCAGGGAAAGGAGGCUUCUGGCAGAUCGACCCUCAGUACGCUGACAUGUUCGUCAACGGAGUCUUCAAGAGAAGGAGAAUGUCCUCCAGCCACUACAACACCGACAGACAGAGCAAGCUCCUACACAACCAGGAAACUGGCUACCACAGAGCCACUCAGCGGGGCCAAGAUGGCUACCACUACCAAGGAGCUGGAGCCGGCAACAAGCGUAAACAACCUUCUCCAAAGCAAAACAGCAAGAUGGCGCGAACACCCAAAUCCCCACUGUUAUCCACGGAGGCCCACAGCGCAGAUGUAGUUCUGAGGGGAGACUUUGACCUUGUAUCUGUGUUUGACGAUGUCCUCAGUGGAAACUGCAGUACAUUCGAAGACCUGGACAUCAACACUGCUCUGAGCUCCCUGGGCUGCGAGCUGGAUCUGACCCUGCAGGAGAGGCACUCUGUCGGGCUGGGGAGGUGGUGUGGAGAGGGGGACAACCAGACCCAGACCCAUGACUCUUAUGGCUACAUGGAGCUGAGUGGCUCAGUGGGAUGUAAUAGUAGUAACAUAGGGAACAUUUACAUUCAACAGCAGCAGCUGAACCAGGAUCAGUUGUUACAGACCCACCUGCACCAGUUUGAGGAGGUGACUCUGUUCCCAGAGCAGCAGGAGGUGCACCCCUGGGAGGAGAUGAAGGAGGAAGUGCAGGCCAUCCCUCAGACUCUGGAUCAGGGCUUUGGUCUGUGUGAAGGAUUCUUCUCAGAGAUACAACCCUGGGAGAGGGCUGAGGCCUACCUGUGA